GGUGGAAGACCAGAGCUUGACUGCACACGACCACACUCUUGUUCAUUGUCCAAGUUGCUCCUCCUCCAUGUAGGUGAAAAGCAAAGCUCCCCCUCUACCUAAUCCAAUUUAUUAAACCCAACCAAUGAACCGAAUAAAAAGAUAAUAAUAAUAGAGAGAGCCAGCGCGGGGGUUGUUGCUUCUUUUUAACUCCAUCCCAUCCUCCUCCUCAUCUCCUAAAACCCUAAAAGCAAAACACUCAGAUCCUCGCCGAUCGAUCUCCCCAAAUGCUGCUCUCCCGGCCAUGUUAGUCGUCGGCCAUGUCGUCCGCUUCUUUAGCCCCUUUUGACCGCCCCCGCCCCGGUGCUUCCAACUCGGUCUUCAAGAGUGGCCCGUUAUUCAUAUCUUCAAAAGGAAUUGGGUGGAAGUCUUGGAAGAAGCGGUGGUUUAUUCUCACACGGACUUCUUUGGUUUUCUUUAAAAACGAUCCUAGCACACUUCCACCAAAAGGUGGUGAAGUAUAUUUGACUUUGGGAGGCAUUGACCUGAACAAUUCUGGGAGUGUUGUUGUCAGAGAAGAUAAAAAGCUGCUGACUGUUUUAUUUCCGGAUGGACGUGAUGGGCGGGCUUUCACUCUUAAGGCGGAGACAUCAGAAGACCUAUAUGAGUGGAAGACAGCCCUUGAAAAUGCCCUUGCACAAGCUCCAAGUGCUGCCCUUGUCAUGGGGCACAAUGGGAUAUUCCGAAAUGACACGAAUGAUACAAUAGAAGGGUCUUUCCAUCAAUGGAGGGAUAAGCGUCCUGUUAAAUCUUUGGUUGUUGGAAGACCAAUCCUGCUUGCCCUAGAAGAUAUUGAUGGAGGUCCUUCUUUCCUCGAGAAAGCUCUUCGGUUCCUUGAAAAGUUUGGUACUAAAGUUGAAGGAAUUUUGCGACAGUCUGCUGAUGUGGAGGAGGUAGAACGCCGGGUACAAGAGUAUGAACAAGGCAAGACUGAAUUUGAUCCUGAUGAGGAUGCUCAUGUAGUUGGUGAUUGUGUCAAGCACGUUCUGAGGGAGCUGCCCUCAUCUCCAGUACCAGCUUCUUGCUGCACUGCCUUGCUGGAGGCUUAUAAAAUUGAUCGAAAGGAAGCUCGGAUCAAUGCAAUGCGGUCUUCAAUAUUAGAGACAUUUCCUGAACCAAAUCGCCGUUUAUUACAAAGAAUAUUAAAGAUGAUGCAUACCAUCUCUUCUCACUCUCAUGAGAAUCGAAUGAAUCCAUCUGCAGUUGCUGCUUGCAUGGCACCUUUGCUCUUACGCCCUCUAUUAGCUGGUGAAUGUGAGUUGGAUGAUGACUUUGAUAUUAAUGGUGAUAAUUCUGCCCAGCUUCUUGCUGCUGCAAAUGCUGCCAAUAAUGCUCAAGCAAUCAUUACUACACUUCUGGAGGAGUUUGAGAACAUUUUUGAUGAUGAGAAUCUACUGCGGUGUUCGAUCUCAGCUGAUUCUCGAAUUGAAAAUAGCGGCAGUGAUGAUUCAUCCGAUGACGACAAUCUAGAUAUAAAAGAUAAUGGUUACCAUGAUGCCGAAAAUGAAGUUGAUGUGGAAACAGAUGAGGACCCAGAUCGUGUACAUAGUGGGAAAUUGAGUGAAAGCAGUGGUUAUGCUGGCAGUGACCUCUAUGAUUACAAGGCAUUUGGGGCUGAUGAUUAUGAUGUUGGAUCGCCUAAGGGAAAUCAGGCUUCAGUUGAGAUUUCAAAAUCAGGUGUUCCUCAGCAGAAUCCAAAUGUUGAAGCGCUGGAUAGAGGAGGCAGCCACAUGAAAGAAAAUGAAUAUUCAGUUAGUGAGACUUGUGAAACAAGCAUACCAAGCGCAUCACCUGCAGGAGAAUCGUACAGAUCAAUGGGAGAGAUUCUAUCAGCAAUGGAUCAAGGGCAUCCUUUACCAGUUUUGACUGAAUCAGGAGCAGUCAAGGCAGUGGCUAAAGUAACAGGGUCCAAUCACAGUGCAAAACGAUCAGCGUUUUGGGGAAGAAGCAAUGCAAGAAAGACACUAUCCAUGGAAUCAGUUGAUUCUUCUGGAGAGGAAGACGAGAAUUCUCAAGCAUCUGCUAAUCAAUUCAUUCUUUUGGGUCAAUAUGCUAUGCUGUCUAUUCAGAGGCUUGAGAUUGCUAAAAAUGACUUGCAGCACAGAAUUGCGAAAGAGGCUAGAGGAAAUGCAAUUUUACAAGCUAGCUUGGAGAGAAGGAAACAGGCUUUACAUGAGAGGCGCCUGGCACUGGAACAAGAUGUUUCGAGAUUGCAAGAACAGCUACAAGCUGAAAGAGAUCUUAGAGCUGCAUUAGAGGUUGGCUUGAGCAUGUCUUCUGGACAGAUAGCCAGUUCACGUGGCAUGGAUUCUAAGACAAGAGCUGAACUUGAGGAGAUAGCUCUUGCUGAAGCAGAUGUGGCCAGGUUGAAGCAGAAAGUUGCUGAACUUCACCAGCAACUUAAUCAGCAGCAGCAGCAUCAUUACGGUUCUCUCUCUGAUGCAUGUGACCGUUACCAGAAUGUCCAAAAUCAUAAUUCUCAACAGAGGUUUCUUCAGCAAGAUUUUGAUGCAACCCUCGCCUUUUGUAAUCAUGAACGGAAACAGAGGAAUGAGGAGAAUUUGUUGGGGGAUGACUGGAGGACUAUUAAAGGACAAAUUUUAGCAACUGGAAGUGGCACAAGGCAGCCAUCAAGGAAGCAAUUCACGGAUCCAGGUAGCUUAAGUGAAUCGAAAAGUACUGAUGUAUCCACAAGUUUGUCUGCCGAUGAGCUGUCUGCUGUUGAUUCUGCUUCCAUUCCCUCCACUUCAAGAGCAGCAGAGGUGGUGGAUUAUCCAAGACAGCCAUCAACAGCAUCUUCGGCGUUGGUAGAAUUAACAACUCGUCUUGAUUUCUUCAAGGAAAGACGUUCUCAGCUAAUGGAACAGCUUCAUAACCUUGAUUUAAAUUAUGGCACAACAUCUUUGCAAGACUCUGUCUAUAGACCAUCCUCCCCACCAUGGAAUUGACUGGCUGGAGAAGAUGCUCAUCACAUGAGUUGGAAGAUGAAUUUGAAAGACGUUGUAUAGUCUGAUAAUGUUGCAUAUAGUUGUAUUUCGGGUGUGCUCUGUUUAAUAUUCUUAUGUCUCAUUCAAAGCGUCUUUAUCUUUUCUCAAGUGAGGAUAUCAAUGGAAUUCUUGUGAGAAUUUUUCCGGUUUGGUUGUGGAAGUACCUUGUAAGCGAACCACUCGAUGUUGUGUCCAUAGGUCUGAGUGAUGUUGUGUCCAUAGGUCGAGUGAUGUUGUUGUGUCCAUAGGUUGAGUGAUGUUAUUGAAACAAUAAUAUUUAUAGUCAGCAAAACCUCUUGGGGAAAAGGCAUUCCAGAUCUUUACUAAUGCGUGCUUCAUAUAGUUGUAUGAAGUUCGCAUCAACAUUUAUUCAGUUGUGUCAGGUUUUGAUCCUCACAAGUAUUUAUUGGCUCCGCCGCUCAUGGCUGCUUUGAAAGGAGAAAUCCCCGUUAGACAAGUAAAGAAGAGUUGUAUAUACGUGUAUUCAGUUUUUUGCAGCCUAUAUGAAAUGUUCUCA